CCGGGUUUCGGGUUUGAGGCUUCAGAAGUUUAUAAAGCUGGGUUCUCGCCCGAGGCUUGAUUUCAUUCUAACAUAUUUGCACAAUCAGAUCAGAUCGCCGCCGAUAACCAUGUACAGGAAAUUAGUGAUCACCGUCCUGCUGAUCCAUCUGACAGCCGGAGGCGAGAUACGGGAUGCUGCCGAGGAGAUCGAUGUACCGCCUGCCCACCGGGCUGCCCCGCCACCUGCCCCACCUGCUGCGCCACUGGAACCUGCCCCACCGCCGCCUACUCUUGUGACCUCUGCUCCGCCUCCCAACUAUCCGCUCUUCUUCCCAGCUGCGUGGCUGCCAUUCGGACGUUACAGCGCCUCCAUUCCCCCCCUGAUUGUGGCAGGUCCUGUCUGAAAGGCCACCCAGCCCCGCGCCAAGGACCUUGUUGUCCCUCUUGUUGAAAUGUUUUCAUCCUGUUACUCAUUUUUGUUAUCGUCUGAUUUGAAUAAAAUAUAUAUUUAAAUACGA